AUGGCGAGGAGUCUGUCUCUCCGUCUGACCGACUCUGGGGUAACACCGUCGAUGGCAGACAACGGUAUUUCAUCGUUGUUUGCCAUGGAAGGCGAUCCAAUGAGCUUGGAGGACAAGGUAGUGAUAGGAUGUGAUGGAGUAAACUCUAUGAUUGCGAAUUUCAUUGGAUUAAAACCUCCGAAUCAAUCAACAAUGGGCGGAGCGAGGGGUUUCACAAAUUACAAAAAUGGGCAUGGAUUUAGCCUUGAAUUUGUUACCAACAACAAAGGCCAUGUUAUGCUUGGAAGAUUCCCCCUUGAUCACAACCUUGUAUCUUGGUUGGUUGCCCGUCCAAUCACACCUCAAGAUUUAACAAUGUCAAAAGAUAAAACAAAAAUCAUAUCGUCAGCACUAGAAUCAGUAAAGGGAUUUCCAAGAGAAAUGUUAGAGAUGAUACAGAACUGUGACGUAGAUUCACUAACUUUUAAUGGUACUCAAUAUCGAGCCCCAUGGGAAUUACUAAACGCGAGGUUUAGAAAAGGAACAGUGAUGGUUAUUGGAGAUGCCAUGCACGUAAUGGGCCCAUUUCUCGGACAAGGAGGCUCAAUUACAUUGGAAGAUGCUAUUGUUUUGGCUAGAUGCUUAGCAACACAUAAGAGAGCAGAAGUGGCACUUGAUCAGUACAUUGGGGAGCGAAGGAUGAGAUUGGUGCAGAUUUCUACGAAAACAUAUGCUGUUGGGACGCUUCUAGAAACUUCGUCUGUGGUUGUGAAACUUCUAUGCAUCGUCUUGAUGGUCAUCUUCUUUCGUGAGAGACUCAGUCAUACCCGUUAUGAUUGUGGCCACCUAUAA